AGUGCUAAGCUGCGUCCUCUGCCUUCCCUAGGCCACGCGUGCCGGCGGCGGCCUCCUUGUCCUCCCACGGGCGCAAGGAGACUCCGGCGUCACGUGAGUCUCGUCAGGGGCGUGGUCGAGCGCGCUCAGGAGGCGUGGCCGGCGGCAGGCCCCGCCCCAGCCUGUGACGCAGCCGGUGGCGCGCAGCGGGCCGGGGUGGGGGUGCUGGUGGAUUUAGCGGCCGAGCUGGGGGCCGGGGCCGCUUCCGCACGCCCAUCCGCCAGCUUCUCUGCUUUCCAUCUUGUCGGAGAAGCGGCGGCGACCUCGGCCUCCAGCCUCUCAGGCGGAGUGAAUCUGCGGCGGCCGGGAUGGUACUGCUGGGCUUGCUGCAGGCAGGAGGGUCGGUGCUGACCCAGGCCGUGGAGCAGGUGACCGGCGGCAGCCUCCUGUCCACGCUGCUCAUCGCCUGCGCCUUCACCCUCAGCCUGGUCUACCUCAUCCGCCUCGCCGUCGGCCACCUGCUCCAGUUGUCAGCCGGAACGAAAACCCCCCCCUAUAUUUUCUCUCCGAUUCCAUUCCUUGGGCAUGCCAUAGCAUUUGGAAAAAGUCCAAUUGAGUUCCUGGAAAAUGCGUAUGAGAAGUAUGGACCUGUCUUUAGUUUCACCAUGGUGGGCAAGACGUUUACGUACCUUCUGGGCAGUGAUGCUGCAGCGCUGCUUUUUAACAGCAAAAAUGAAGACCUGAACGCAGAGGACGUCUACAGCCGGCUCACCACGCCCGUGUUUGGGAAGGGAGUCGCAUACGAUGUGCCUAAUGCGGUUUUCUUGGAGCAGAAGAAAAUGUUAAAAAGUGGCCUUAAUAUAGCCCAUUUUCGGCAGUAUGUCUCUAUAAUUGAAAAAGAGACAAAGGAAUACUUUGAGAGUUGGGGAGAAAGUGGAGAAAAAAAUGUGUUUGAAGCACUUUCUGAGCUCAUAAUUUUAACAGCUAGUCAUUGUUUACAUGGGAAAGAAAUCAGAAGUCAGCUCAAUGAGAAGGUGGCUCAGCUGUAUGCGGACUUGGAUGGUGGUUUUAGCCAUGCUGCCUGGCUAUUGCCAGGCUGGCUGCCUUUACCCAGUUUCAGGCGCCGAGACCGGGCUCAUCGCGAGAUCAAGAAUAUUUUCUAUAAGGCCAUCCAGAAGCGCAGAGAGUCCAAAGAGAAGUUCGAGGACAUCCUGCAGACCUUGAUGGACUCUACCUACAAGGAUGGGCGUCCGCUGACCGACGAUGAGAUUGCUGGCAUGCUCAUCGGGCUGCUGCUGGCUGGCCAGCACACGUCGUCCACCACCAGCGCCUGGCUGGGCUUCUUCUUGGCCAGAGACAAACCGCUUCAGGAAAGGUGCUAUUUAGAGCAGAAGGCCGUCUGUGGGGAGGACCUGCCGCCUCUCAAUUACGACCAGCUCAAGGAUCUAAAUGUGCUUGACCGCUGUAUCAGAGAAACGCUGCGAUUGAGGCCUCCUAUCAUGACCAUGAUGAGGAUGGCCAAAACUCCCCAGACUGUAGCAGGCUACACCAUUCCACCAGGCCAUCAAGUAUGUGUCUCUCCCACUGUCAACCAAAGACUUAAAGACUCAUGGAUAGAACGUUUGGACUUUAAACCUGAUCGCUACCUCCAGGAUAACCCAGCAUCAGGAGAGAAGUUUGCCUAUGUCCCAUUUGGAGCUGGACGUCAUCGUUGUAUUGGGGAAAAUUUUGCCUAUGUACAGAUUAAGACAAUUUGGUCCACCAUGCUGCGUUUGUAUGAAUUUGAUCUCAUUGAUGGAUAUUUCCCAUCUGUGAAUUACACAACUAUGAUUCACACCCCUGAAAAUCCGAUUAUCCGUUACAAACGAAGAUCCACAUGAGAGGGGCUGCAAGGAGCUAAUGUGGGUUACACCGCUGUAGGAUGCAGAAGCCUUGGAAGAGAAUGGCCUUGACCAAACAACUCGCAGUGUGCUGUUUUUCUGAGUGUGUAAUUCUAAAAGCCAGUUUAACUUAUGAUUUUAAUAUUUUAUUAACUUUGAAUAGUUCUAUCCAA